AUGGAGUGCAAGGCUACCCUGGUUCUUCCUUUUGGUGUCUUGUGGUUUGUUGCCGUGUUACUUAUCAGCUAUUUUGUGGUUUCAGGUGACAUUCAUGGUCAGUACAGUGACCUAUUGCGACUUUUUGAAUAUGGAGGGUUUCCUCCUAAGGCUAAUUAUCUGUUUUUAGGAGACUAUGUAGAUCGUGGCAAACAAAGUUUGGAAACGAUAUGCCUCUUGCUUGCCUACAAAAUUAAAUACCCAGAAAAUUUUUUCCUUCUAAGAGGAAACCAUGAAUGCGCUUCUAUUAAUAGGAUUUAUGGAUUUUAUGAUGAAUGUAAGCGGCGGUUUAAUGUAAGACUUUGGAAAGCCUUUACGGACUGCUUCAACUGUCUUCCUGUUGCGGCACUGGUUGAUGAUAAGAUAUUGUGCAUGCAUGGUGGUCUAUCCCCUGACCUAUCAAACUUGGAUCAAAUCAGACAAUUACCGCGCCCUACUGUUAUCCCUGAUACGGGUUUACUUUGUGAUUUGCUUUGGUCGGAUCCUGGUAAAGAUGUUAAGGGGUGGGGGAUGAAUGAUAGAGGAGUUUCAUUUACCUUUGGCCCGGAUAAAGUGUCAGAGUUUUUGACAAAGCAUGUAGAGAGAGAGAGAGAGAGCAGAGAGCAGUGUAGAGCAUCCAAGGAAGAUUAGAAUAAAGAACCCUAG